AUGGCAACACUACCAGGAAAAACUGCUGCAAUAACAGCAACGCAUAUCAAAAAUAAGAAGAGAAAAAAAUCGGUAGUGAGUCGGAAGAAGCCGAAACCAUGGAAGAUGAAUAUGGAACAAGAAUUCAAAAUAUUAUCGAUUGGCGGGAAACCGGAAGCUGAUUUUCAGAUGAAGGAUUUGAAUGAGGUAUGAUUUUGGAGGAUAAAAUAAAAAAACAACGACGAAACACACAAAUAUUUGAAAGUGUGCCGGACAUGCAAUGUUUAUCAAUAGGGCGCACUUCCAUUUCUACUUUUAUUUUCUUGUUUUUGUUUUUUCUUGUUUUUUGUUUUUUUCUUGUUUUUCGAUGAAUUUGAAUGAAACUUGUUGUAAAAUUCAUUUCCUAGUACAAGAACCAUACUCUUAGUUUAUUUUCGAUACUUUUAUGGUGCUCAAAAAGUAAUUUUAUGAAAAAUUGUGUUUUCUUGAAUUUUUCUUAUCGUUUUUCGAAAUAAAAAAUAAAAUUAGCGAAAACGCACAUGUUCGCCCUAUUGACAAACGUUUUUUUCUCUAACCGCCUCUCAAAUAUUUUGUCGUUGUCGUACUUUUUUAGAAAAUGAAAAUAAGGUCACGUUCACGUAUUUUCUUGAUUUCGAAAUUUUUUUGGACCCUGAAGACUCCGAAUUUUUCAAAAACAAAGAAUAUUUUCAGCCCGUCAUAUGUUUUCGUAAAGCUCAAAUACAUUGCCCCGGUCCUGAAGCAAGUAAGUUUUUAUUUUUCAAGAAUUUCCCAAGAACCUCCCCAAUUCUCUUCCAGUAUACGCGGCAAAUCUGAAUCUAUUGGAAUAUGUUGGAGCGACACUCGAUUGGAUUCCGCCACUAAACACAUCUGCAUACGCUGAAAUUCGGAAUUUGGAUUAUCGAACAACAGGCCUUCAGACAAAUAUGUGCCUGAAUCCAUUGAUGAUUAUGAGAGGAUGGGGAUUGUUGGCGAAUGUUGCGACUGGAAAAACAUUGAUUGAAUUAUCGGAUUAUAUUCAUGAUCGUGAGUGUUCUGUGGUUUUUUGUGAAGGUUUUUUCUUUUUUCUAUGAAAAAAAAAGUGUUUCAGAUUUCCAACAAGAAAAAGGGGAAAUCAAGAAUGAGGAUUCUGUUGAAAAGGAUAAAGAAAGUAAGUGUUUUCCUAUGAAAAAUUAAAAUUUUCUCCAAAAAAAAAACAAAAACAAUUUCCAGCCGCUGCACGAGAACAUGAAGCAGCCGAAAUCGAUCUAAUCAAUCAACUUCUCAUUCAAUUCCACGUCGACAUCGAAGAAGAUGUUGAUGGAUGCAUCCGAUUGUUCACUGAUAUUCAAGAGCAUUUAUUGCCCGAUGAUCGAAUUCUUCACAAUGCUUCGGUUUAUUAUGGCGGCAAAAGUGUGCGAAGUGCAGUUCAACAAUUGUGUUUUGCCACCGAUCCAGACGGGUUCUAUUCGUGUUAUCGGAUUAAUGAGGAAGUUGCGAAAUCGACGAAUCGAGCUGUCAGAUAUGUUGUACCGGAAAAAUCUGCGCCGAAUUGGAGGUCAAGUAUGGUUGUUGUGUCUGCAUCAGAUUGCACGUUUCACUGGAAGACGACUGGGCCUGUUGAAAGUGUUGAUAUUAGAUUUGAAGGUGGAAUGACGCCAGCAUGGAAAGCGAAGUGUUCAUAUUGGGUUUCGCCGGAUAAAUCGAUUUAUAAAUUGCAAGGAGAAGCUUCGGAUUAUUUUCUCUAUUUAAUAAGGUACCUUUUUUCAUAAGUAACUUUGGCAUCUAAUGAAAAUAUUCUAGAAACGAUGCGAAUCCAUUGACAUCAAAUCUAAUGUCAUUAUGUUUAUCAUCGGAUACUUGGAUCAAAACCGACGGAACACUUGUUGUACCACAUUGUGUUAUUUCAACCCCGAUUUCAUUGUUUGAGGUGACAAAAUCUGAUAAAAGUAAGUAUCUAGACAAUUUUUCCACCAAAAAUACCACUUUUUCAGCCAUCAAUCGUAUUUAUUGUAGUGAAAAAUCGGAAUUGUAUCGAUUGCACUCGAAUCAAUUUGAAAAUAAGGGAAACUUUAUCACACUUUGGGAUCACUAUCACAAAUCGAUAUUCAAAAUCAUAACUGAAGAGGAGGAUCGAAAUCACGAUAGAAAACAGGCGUUCGACCCGAAUUAUGCACAUGUUUGUACAGAUGAUUUGCCAGAAGGUCUGACUCCAGCGAUUCCGCGAAGGGAACGAGCGAACGAAUCGUUUUUCACUUAUUAUGAAGAUCAUUUAGAUAAAAAUCCACGAAUUAUGGAAAAUGUUGAUGCAAAUCUGCAAUACUUGCGGGAAGAUGGUAGAAUGGUUAUGUUUAACACGAGUUUUCAUUUUAUUAUGACACGUCAUUGUGUGAGUAAUGAAAUGAUAUUGUGUGCUGGAAGAUUUGUGAGUUUUGAGCAAUUUAUUCUCUAUUUUAGAGCAUUUUUUCAGACUAACACUCCGCUUGUGAAUCAUGGCUUGAACGAGGCUGAGAAAAAAUAA